AUGCCUGACAAGGACGCAGGCACUCCUCGGGUGUUUAUUGCGCGACAUGGAGAAACCGAAUGGACAAAAUCCGGCCAAUACACCGGCAUCACCGAGCUCGAACUCACAGCGCAGGGCGUGACCCAAGUCCAGAACUCCGGUCGCGUCCUCGUCGGCCCGGGAAAGCUCAUUGAUCCCUCGCGCAUUGCACAUGUAUACGUUAGUCCUAGGCAGAGGGCUCAAAAAACAUACGAACUGCUCUUUUCAUCGCCUGUAGACGCAUCAAAAAAUGUGUCGACGACGGAUCGAUUGGCGGAAUGGGGAUAUGGUGAAUAUGAAGGAAUGGUAACGAGUCAGAUCCGGGCUUUGAGGAAAGAGCAUGGACUUGAUACGGAGAGGCCAUGGGAUAUAUGGCGGGAUGGGUGUGAGGGKGGAGAAUCGGCGCAGCAGGUAACGGAUCGUUUGGAUGAUUUGAUCAAAGAGAUUCGAUCGUUUCAGGUCAACCAUAUGCAUGGCGAGCCUGGUCCGGCUGAUAUUGUGCUCGUGGCACAUGGACAUUUGCUGAGGGCUUUUGUGAAACGAUGGCUGGGUUACCCUAUGGAGUUUCCGCUGUCAUUGAUGCUUGAACCAGGUGGUAUUGGUGUGCUGAGCUACCAGCACCACAACGUCGAGGAACCAGCGCUGUUCGCAGGCAUGGCUUUCCCAACACCAUCAUCAUUAAACGGCCAGAUAGGAUAG